GCUCUCCCAGUGGUCACUACUACUAGUCUCUUAGGUUUUUACUCUUUCGCAGUUGUGCCUUACCUGUUCAACAGCUAGCACCAUGAUUGCACAGAUCGCUCUUUUCGCCCUCGGCCUGGCCGUAGUUUCUGCUGAUCCUUAUGGAUAUCCCCCAUCUUAUGGAUACAAACCUUCCUACUCUCAGCCAGAAGCUGUUUAUGACACUUAUGAUCACAAACCUCAACCAUACAGCUUCGGAUAUGAAACCAAAGACGCUUAUGGCAACAAGCAAUUCAGACAGGAAGACAGUGACGCCAGUGGAGCCAAGAAGGGAUCCUAUGGAUACACUGACGCUCAUGGCAUCUACAGAACCGUUGAGUACAUCGCCGACAAACACGGAUUCAGAGCCUGGAUCAAGACCAACGAGCCAGGAACCGCCAAGCAGAACCCUGCCGAUGUUGAGAUGAACGCUGUUGAAGCCCCCGUUGUCCACCACGCCCCUGCCUACAGCGCCCCUGUCCACUACACUGCUCCAGUCCACUAUGACAGUUAUGGAUCUGCCCCAGUUGCCUACAAGACACCAGUUGUCUACAAAGCCCCAGUUGUCCACAAGGCUCCUGUUGCAUACAAGGCUCCAGUUGUCUACAAAAGCCCUGCUCCAGCAUACAAGGCCCCAGUUGUGUACAAAGCUCCCGUUGUAGAAUACAAGGCUCCAGUCUACACUGGUAGCUCACCCCAAGUUUACAAAAUCCCCGCCUACGGAUACAAACCCCACUACAGGAAAUACGAUGAUCUCUAUUAAGUUAACUGAUGUAACUAAUGAAUGCUUUUAAGGUUAUUUGCUUGUUGAUUUGAUGUAGCCUUCAGAUGGCUCAAAUGGCCCAAACGUGUUAAAGACUAUUUGUCUAUUUUCCUUUCUGUUGGCGCUAUAUAUGAUGAAAUAACUCUAAAAAAAUGUUUAAAUUAUUUUUUUAAUUUAUCAGAAUCGAAAAAUUAAUUGCAGUAAAGUUUUUGAAUAAUAGGAAAUAGUAUUGGUGUUUUAAAUGUGAACUAAAGUACUUUAUUUAAAAAUUCAGAUUUUAUAAAAAAAAGAAAGAAAAAAAGUACAACAGCGUUUUAAAAUCGAUAAAGAUCCUUUUUUAACAGGUUAAAUUAAAUUAUUCGAAUGUGCCAAUUUUAAAAUGGGUGUGGUGUAUGGUUUGUGUUAAAGAUCUUUUUAUAUAUUUUUAGUAUGUUCGCAAAUUUAACAAAGUUUUGCACUCUUUUCUUUUGAUUCUGUUUAGCAUACUUGAUGUCACUGUCAGGUGUUUGAUAUAUCUCUUACUGUGUACAGACAUAUUUCGCUUCAUUCCUCCAUCUUAUUUAAACGUUUCAUCUGUUUAUUUAUGCUUUUCUGUAAAGUCUUUCUAUGAUGUACAACAAAAUGCAUUGUUUAAUAUAUUGCUGGCUCUAAUUGUACAUGCGUUCUCUUACAGAGAACUCAUUUAUUGUACAGUUACGAAAUUGUAUAAUGUCACUUGUGUACGUAUAGUGUUUGGCACUGUGAUUUCUGGGAUACUUUUUUUGCUGUAGAUGGUUUUUGUACAAGCAUAUUUAAGCAAUAAAACUUGUUUUUAUAAAUA